UGUAACUACCUCCCCGCGUAGUCUCGGUUUUCCUUUGUUAGGCCCGGUUCCUCAAUGAGACUAGUCGACAACAGCCACACAUAACAAGCAUACGGGAAUAUCUCAAAUGAUGUCACCGAACUUGAGCUAUAUACAUGUGCCUCAUGCGUGCCCGAUGGACUCACGCCUCUUACACCAGUAUCUUGACAUACGUGCUGAACAGAAUGCUGGGACUGAGGCCGUUGUGAUGUAUAAUAUGCAGAUGAGUCGGUCCACUAUGACUUACGCCCAGUGGAGAAACAGGUCCGUGUCUCUCGCCGCUUCUCUCCUCGAGUUAGGCGUGUCACGUGGGCAGCACGUGCUUCUAAUCGGAGGGAACACCCUCGAGUACAUCGUGUUCCUCAUGGCACUACAUCGCAUUGGUGCUCUAGCGAUUCUGCUGGGUCCUGGAGACCUCACACCUGCUAACACCGCCCUGCUAAAGACCCUCGACUGUACAGCAAUUGCAUUUAACCCGGUGAUGAAGGAGUCCCAGGAAAGACAGCUGUGGACCGGUCUUAAGGAGCUAACCGACAAAAAAACAAACAUAAUCUUCUUUGGAAACUUCAAUUUGGCACCCAGCUUCCUCACUGCUACUAAGAUUCACUUGUAUGAUGACCUUCUGAAGCGAGGGGAGUUACUAGGAGUUGAAGAUGUGUUGACCGUCCAGGCUCAAGUCCAAGGCGAUGAUCCUAUUGUUGCAUUGGCAACUUCAGGCACGACAGGGAUCCCAAAGUUUGUCCAACACACGUCGCAUGCCAUAGUGAAUGUCAAGGGAGGUGAACCCUCAACUGAUUCUUCUAAGAUGAGUAGGGGAAAGAUUAUCAGUUUUGUGGAUCGUCCAGUAUCUUGGAUAGGCGGCCUGACACCUUUUUAUAACAGCCUUUAUUCAGAAUCAACUGUGGUUUGGAUUCCCACAGAGAUAGGAUUGUCUAACAACCCGGAUAUCUCAUGUGAGGUAAUCCAGCGGGAAAAAGUCAUCUCAUGGAGUCCUAGCCCAUCCUUGAUCCCAAGGCUCCAGGAAUUGCAAUCGAAAUAUGACCUGAGUAAUGUUAAGAUAAUAGUUAUGGCAGGGCAAGCAUUGACGGCUGAUGACCUUUGGUCUGUCAUAGAGGCGUUCCCAGCAGCUUAUAUUUUCCAGGGGUAUGCCUCAUCUGAGGGAUUGAAGAUAUCUUUUAGAUUACUCAACAAGGAUAUACAAGAGAAGUCAUCUGUCGCUAAAAUGCAAGUAUUUGCUGGUGUGGAAGUCAAGAUAGUUGAUACGGAUGGUAAGGUCGUUCCUCGGGGGCAACCAGGAGAAAUCUGCUGCAGAAGUGAGUGUGUUUUCUUGGGCUAUUUAGGGAACCCAGAGGCAACGUCUCGAGUGAAGUCCCCACAAGGAUGGCUACACACAGAGGAUUUAGGAACCAUGGAUGACCAAGACAUGAUUGAGGUUACCGGACGCAAGUCAGAAAUCAUCAAACGAGCGACUGUCAAGAUAUUCCCGGGCGAGAUCAGGGCAGAGCUUGUAAAGAACCCAAUCGUUGCCGACACCAUCGUCAUCGGUGUCCCUGACAAGAUGUUGCACGAGGAGAUUUGCGCAUGCGUAGUGCUUCGAAAAAAUGCAUGUGAUGACGUGCCCUUGGAUGCGCUAGCUGAUUGGUGCAACGGGAAGUGGCCGCCGCGAGCCGAUGGUUUGAGCUUGAAGCCAAAGUACUUCGUGGUAUUCGACGAGUUUCCGAUGACACGAAGUGCGAAGCUUGAUUUACAUGGGAUCAAGAAAAUAGCUUUGGGAAAGCUCGGACUCGAAGGCAAAUGAGCCAUCGAUUUAACGUCGUCUUUAAAAUGACUCUGAAGCAGACUUGGGUGACGAAUCUUCUACUGCAGCAAAGAAUAAAUGAACAUUAGAUUCACAUUAGACUGAUUGUAGUAGCGAACUAGCAUAUAGAAUCACUAAGAGGAGGGAGGAAAGAUCUCGAUUCAAGAGCCCCUCAUUCAUAGUUAAUAAUUUUUCAUUUAUACAACACUCAAAAAGAUCCCCCCCCCCCCGCUUUUUGCGGGCAGGAAGCUGGCAUAUAAACUCAUUUCUCAAGUUAUGACACGGAAUUUGCAGACCGAACCAAGCAGACCCAGGCUAAAGGUGGACCAUGUAGUACAGUUAACACCUGCGGCACAGCUUUUAAAAAGCGCUCAGCCGUACGCGCCUUUACCGUGAGCUGGUAUGGGUAAAAUGUUGCUUAGAAUUUUUAUUUUAUUUUCAGGACUUUAAAAUAGACUGUUGUUCUGCUAUUCUGACAGCAAAUCAGGCUGUGUAGGUUCUUAGUUAUUGGUUAAUGUUUUUUUAUAUACACAGAACAAUUACAACCGUCAGUCACUUUUCAGAAUGCAUGCUGAUAAUAACAGUAAUCAAUAACACAACAUGUGUGUAAUGCACCAAACAUUAUGAAAAGUAUCAAGUCAUGUCCUGACAUUUUAUAUUAUAUAGGUUUCACAUAUAGUCCACAGGCCAAUACCCCAAAAUUAGCUUUUUGGUACCAAGAAAGGUGACAAAGGCUAUCAUACCUUUUUGAAAUGGUUAUUAUCUGUAGUUUGUGGAAAUUUAUGAUAGACAUUACAAAUGAGUAGCUUUGAGUAUGUAAUCACGUGACAAAGUGACGUCAUUAUCCUUUCUAUAUCAUGCUUACUUUAUGUACUUGGUAGAGAAAAAACAUAAAAGAAGACGUUUUAA